AUGAUAAGGUUUGUGCUGAAUAUCCUUGGGGGUAAUGUGGCUUAUGAGAAGCUCAUUUACUCACUGAAACAUGCAUUGGACAAGCAGAACAAAUUCCAUGCAACUGAGUAUAAACUUGGUGGAUUUCCUUAUCCGUUAUGUGCUUGGUUCUAUGAGCGCUUCCCAGAUAUUCGGGAGAAGUAUAUAAGAGAGGAUGAGUACCUUGAUACCCCUCAGGUUCCCAGGAUGUUACGUUAUGUAUGUGUGGGAGAGCCUAAAUUUCCCGAACUUUUUGAGAUGUUCAGUAGUCAUGAAAAAUAUCGCAGCUUUAGGGUAUUGGAUAUAAUUCCUACAUAAGAGGAAUUGAAUUCAAUGCCUUUAAUUGGCCAAUUACCAUGCAGCCGGAUUCGUUCAAAGGUACUUAACGCGGGUCCUUCAACUGCUGAAUCACCACGUACUUUGAGUCAAUCAAAAGAAUCGAAUCGAACUCCUGUUAUUGGUGAAUCACCACGUAGUCGGAGUCGAUCAAAAGAAGUGAAUCGAACUCUUUUUAUUGGCAAAUCAUCUCGUACCCAAAGCCGUUCUAACCGUUCUA